AACAACAACAGUUUAGGAAGACGGAUUAGCAGCGAGUCUUUAGUGCGCCUGCGCCGCGUGUCGAGGGACGCCAUGGGCUUUGCUAAGGAAACACACAACACAGCGGUUGGACGCUUAUCAACAGACAGCUUCUGCACAGACAAAAAAAAUCCUGCAGAUUUCUACAGUUGUGUUGCAUGAAAAUGCCAGUCCGGUUUAAGGGUUUAAGUGAAUACAAGAAGAACUACAAAUGGAAGAGUUCUAGAAGCCCCUCCCCAGAGCACAGAGCCCCCUGGGCAGGACUGCACUCUGACCACCUGGGAAUAACCAAAGAGCCCAGCUUUAUUUCCAAGAAGAGAGUGCCUCACUAUCGGCCGCAGAUCUCCAGGUCCUUUCAGUGGGUACAUGGGGGUGAGACGCCACGGCACUCUGCUCCACGGAGAGAAGCAGCACGCCAUCCUGUGAAAACACACGCCCCCGUUACUGAGGACCAGGCAGCCCCUGAAAGAAUCCAGACUCCACCAGGCCCCCGGGUCCCCAGACUACCCCGAUCCCAAUCCGUGGAGCCGAGACCUCGCAGCGCUCCGCACUCGCCCUUAGGAAACGGCAAGAGCAUGCCUUCCCUUAACGCAGAGAAGGGCGGGCCGGCUGCCGAGGGUAAUGGAGUUAACAGGGUCCUGCAGAAGAAGGCUGGGCUGAAGACAGACAUGCGCCGGAGCGUUGUCCGAAGCUCGGAGUACCAGAGACAGUUCAUGUGGAAGAGUCCAUCGGAAAACUCUCCGUUACUGGCAGCAGAGCAGUUGGUUUACAACAGAAAUAAGGAGGUUCCUCCGUUCAAGUCGGGCAGCUUUGUGCGUGAGAGCGAGUACCAGAGGAGCUUCAAGAGCUCUCCUCCCCCCAAAGGGCUGAAACUGCGCAAGGACCUGGAGGAGCAAGAGGCAGAAAACAUCUCGCCAGUCAGCAACUCAAAGAGUGAAAAGAAUAAAACAUACAGUUCACUCCAGAAUGGGCACAUAGAUAAGGACCCACAGCUGGCUGCAGAGAAGCCGGUUUUGAAGCAGCAUUACAGUGAGGACCCAAAGCCGGCUGCAGAGAAGCCAGUUGUGAAGCAGUGUAACAGUGAGGACGCAAAGCUGGCUGCAGAGAAGCUGGUUCUGAAGCAGCAGAAUCCACAAAGGCUGUUUUUCCCUCACAGAGGCUAUGGGAAAAUGAAGUCGGAAUACAAUUCAAACUUCCGGUCUCCUGUGAAGUACAGCUAUAAAGAUGGAGCCUGGAUAAAAGGGCUUGUCUCUUCAGAUGAGGAUUCACAAAGCCACCUCGCUUACAUGUGGUACAAUGAGGUGAAGGAGCUGAAGGAGAUGGCAGAGGCUUACAAGAAGAGAGCCCAGGGAACCCACUUCUCUCGAGAGCACCUGAACCAGAUUCUUUCAGAGAAGAACCGAUUCUGGGAGGUGUCUUCCUCCUCGACCCUGGAGGAGUCUGCCAGCGAUGACAUCAGAGCCCUGGACCUGGUCAGAACAAGGGUUUUGAAGAGAAGCCCCAGCCCAGCAAGGUCUGGUUCUUGCUCUCCUGUGCAGAGUGACACUUCUGCCAGGAAGUCUCCAAGCGACGACACAGAGAAAGCCAGCCUGCACAGCGGAGCCACCCUUCCAGUGAGGAGGAGACUGGCCUGGGACGACAAGGAGAAUGAACACGAGGAGCAGGAAACCCUGCAGAGAAGCGAGGGAGAGCAGGCCCAGGAAGAAAAGGAAGACGAGCAGGAGAAAGAAGGCAGAGUUGUAGGACAAAAGUCAUCUGCCAAGUCUGUCUCCGACAUCACCCCUGUGUCUUCAAAACUCAGCAAUGAAGAUGAAGGGAGACUCCCCACCCCCGAGAUGAAGAAUCAGGGAGGAGCCCCGAGAACUCACCAUGAUCUCACCACGCCAACAGUCGGUGGUGCUCUUUUAGUUUCACCACCAAAACUGAAGCCUUCACCUAAACUGGACCUACAGCCAGAACCCCCCCUUGGAAAACGUUAUUCCCCCCACAAGUACCUUCCCAGAGAGUCUGCAGAGAGGACGUCGACGAAGGUUGAUGUAGAUGGCCAGUCACGGUCGUCCAUCGCAGCAGGGUUGAAAACCAGCGACCCUCUCCCCCUGAGAGAGGACAGCAGACUGGCCGACUCCCCUCCGGCAGCUUUGAGAACUCCCUCCAAGUCUUCAAACAGCACUGCCCCCCCAAACACAGGCCCUGCCUCCCUCUCCCCUCACAGGGAGGCUGUGAGCCGAAUCCAGGGGUCUUUGAGGGACCCAGAGUUCCAGCACAAUGGUAACAUUGGAGGCCCAAGAUCAGACCUGUUUAGGUUCUCUUCCAAUGACUCUGACAUCUCCGAUAAUGAUGACAGAAUGUCUCAGAUAUCUGCGAGAUCAGCAGCUUCAAGCUCUCUUGCCUCUCUGAUCCUUGAACGCGCUCAGAAGAGGAAACACAACUUUUGGGGCAAGAGUUGAUGUGCACUCACAUAUUGCUGAUCACAUUUUUUAAAUUAUUGAAAUUUAUAAGCCAGAGUAAUCUUUUGACAAAUAUGUAAAUCCUGAUUUUUUUUUGUUUUGUUAUUGUUGUUGACUGACAACUUUUGAACUUGGAUGCAGAUUUAAACCAUUUCAUAUCUUGAAUAUUUUUAAAGCAUUGGUACUGUUUUUUAACAACAUGACAUUUUAUAAAACCAAAAAAUAUGCACUUUUUAAAAUCUUAAAAGUAGAAGAAAUAUAACCCUUCUCCUGUAACUGGUGCAUUUCAAGCAUUAUGCUAUCAUGACAGUGUUUUUUAUCUUGUAAUGUCAGAAAUACUCAAGUAAAUGAGUAAACGUUUUCACCUCUUAUGAAAUUGUUUGUUUUUCUUUAGCGGGUGUUUUUUUUGGUUUUUGUUUGUUUGUUUUACUCUAUACUGUCAUUUAAAAUGUCCACUGAGGUAUAUCAAGGAUCUCCAGUUUAUCAGAAUUGCAAAUCAUUAUCAUCUUGUAAUAUUAUUAUUUUUAAGGUUGUGAUGUUGAAUAGUCAAUAGCCAUGGCCACUGUGUAAUGGACCCUAGUGGUGUGGCUCUGGAUGGGUGGGGUAAAAAAACAUCUGUCUUCUGAUCCCCAUUUAAAAUAGCUGCUGCUUUUCCUGCCCAAUCCUCUCCACCUUUCUUUAGUAUUUGUGUCUCACUCGUGGUUAUUCUAGCUUGCCCAGGUAACAGACCCUACUGCCUUUGAUCCCAGAGGUUUCAGGAGGUUGUUUUUCACUCUCUGCUCUGUGCUGUUGGGUCAGGCUGGUAACAUUGUAUUUGUGUCUCACUCGUGGUUAUUCUAGCUUGCCCAGGUAACAGACCCUACAACCUUUGAUCCCAGAGGUUUCAGGAGGUUGUUUUUCACUCUCUGCUCUGUGCUUUUGGGUCAGGCUGGUAACAUUGUAUUUGUGUCUCACUCGUGGUUAUUCUAGCUUGCCCAGGUAACAGACCCUACAGCCUUAUAUCACAGAGGUUUCGGGAGGUUGUUUUUCACUCUGUGCUGUUGGGUCAGGCUGGUAACAGGAGGAGUCUUAUUGAAGUUGGCAGCAGCUUUCUCUUUUUGGGUGUUUGGCUCACUAUCCUCGACUGACGGUGAGCAAUGUUCGGGCAUGGAGAGGCCAAAUCAUUUUCAUUCAGUUACCAAAGGGUAUUUACAAAAUUGAUUUAUUGGCUACAAAUAUAACCUCUUAAUUUCAAAUGUAUACAAUUAUUCCUGUUACUAUAUUGAAAGGAAUUUUUUAAAUGUAUGUAUUCUUUUUUUAAAAGGAAACAAGAACAUUAAAUGAUAUAGAAUACAUAUCGGAGUAAAAAGUAUAAUUAUAGUCUGUGGCAGUUAAGUACCUUAUUAGCAGAUUUUUAUUAAUUCCGAGUGAUGAAGCAGUCUUGCAAGUUGGCAAUGAAGUGGUUAAUUCUUGAACUAUUUCAUAGUGUCCUUUAACAGAAUAUAUCAAAGGUUUUCAGAAUUACAGUACUGACCUGCCAAUCAAAUUGAUAACUUGUAUGUAAGUUAGUCAGUUAGUCUAUUAGUGUCAGGUGUCUUUCGAUUGAAACCUGUCCAAUGUGGGCCUGUAUUAGUCAUGUCUCGAAGAACCUGGUUAGGUUCUUUUUAGAAGGCUGUGGUUUGGGUAUCUGUAUUUGCUGACACUCACAAAAGAGUCAUAUCUUUACAGAAAACCAACAGUGGUUUAAGAAAAGUUUGUCAUGCAACAACCCCGGUUUCCUUUGGGGAACCGUAGUCAUGCUGUCGAUACUCCCCGUGAUGCAAACGCUGCACAAGCUCAAUGGCGGUUUCAGUGAUGUUCCAGAAUUUCAUGGAUUUCCACGAUUCAGUAUGGAUUUCCACGAAUAUCUUGUAUAUUGUAAUGGACAGAAACUAAAUUCAGAGAAUAUCACUAACUCCUAAUGCAAUAAUGUAUUCAAAUAUUGUAUUUUUUUAUUUUUUUUAAGAAAUUAAACUAUGCAUUAAAAAGCUUUUUUGACUGUAAAAACUGGAAAGUGUCAUUAUGCAUGACACACUGCUGUUCUUAACCAAUCAUCAUUAACUAUUCAGGGCGAUAUUAAACUAUUGGUUCUCUUGCUUGCUAUGGCAUAAUUUAGCAAUAUUAUACAACAGUGGAAUUGACUGCCCCACUUAGGGGUUAGGGAUAAGGAUUCCACAUCGGUAUAUACUAUGAUUACUGUCACAAUGCACAAUAAAGCCAAAAUCAUGAAGGCUUAGACUGUUUUAACCUGCUGCUUGUCACAAGUUUCUUGUCCGCUGGUUCUAAAUGAAUCCUGUUCAAAGUGUGUUCAUUUCUCAAAAAGAAAAGCUGCCUUUCUCUCACUUGUGCAAUUGAGUACCAAUCAAUGACAAUGCACUUCUGCACAGAGUGGUUUAAAGGCCAUUGGGUAGUGAAUUUUCUUUACAGUCAGGGCCGGUGAGUCUAUAAACCGAUACAAGACAUGUUGUGAAACUAGCCACUGAUUUAUCACUCACAGUACAUGUAACCUUUCCCUAGUCCUACUGAAUUAUCAAGUUUAAUAAGAGGUUAAAUCUACACAUCGCAUAGUUCACUGCAGAGAUGAUGCAUUUGUAUGAAAACAAACAAAGUGAAAACCAGAAAGUGAAACCAAAAUUACAUUUUUAUCAAAUGGAUAAAAGACAGAUAAGAUCAAUAAAUUGAGUGUUUUUAGUUUGACCACGACAGGUUCUGUAUGAAGUCACAAUGCCAGAUUAUUAGUGAUUGCUACUCAAUCAUUUUGUUGACAAGCGCUGAUAGUAUUGUUUUGCCUAACAGAUUUUUCUUUCCAUUUAAUUAAUACCUAAGAACUUAAAAAAAGUUAAAGCCAAUUACUCUGAAAAUCUGAGUAUCUGCACAGCCCUAAUGCUCAGCACAUGCCAAACUUCUCUUCCCAAGUCUAUGUUACUAUAUAAUAUAAUAUAAUAUAUAAUAAUAGAUCAGUGUAAAAAAAUCUUUGGGUGUGUGUAACUCUGAAAACUUCUUUGCCGGUAUAGAAAACAGGACCAAGCUGUUUAUUCACUUGAUCCUUCAUUCACUAUACUCGGCCAGCCUUACAGUUAUCGCAGCAAUUCCAUUUGUGGAGUAUUGUUGCCAUUACCAGUAUUGUUGACGACACUGAAUGUACACGGUAUUUUUGGUUUAUUUUUCAUGUAUUUACGUUUUUGGUUUUGUAUUAUUUAUCUGGAAGAAAGUACAGUAGUCUCUGCGUAUGGGAAGACCUCCUAAGAGAACACUUCGCCUAAGAGAACACCCUUGUGGUGAAACUGAUUUUUCCCCAUUGUAAAUGCUCCGGCUAAAGUAACAGGAACUUCACUUAAAAGAACACCUUCUUGGCACAGAUAGCAAUUCAUUCACAAUGGAUACAGUACUGUUUGGUAACCUGAUAACUCAUCUUCAUCAAACUUAAAUUAAAAGGGUUUAUUCAGUCUUUUCAAAAGCGACUUGUCAUCGAGAGAGUGUCUUGAGGGACACGGAUUGGUUUAUUCAAUCAUUCCAGAACCGCCGUCAUAUCAUUGCCUCGUUUUGUAUUCUGAUUUCCACGAGUGCACCUCAUCGCUACAAAAUGGCAUGUAAACAAACGGCAAAACGCGCUGCUGUUUCUCUUGCUACAAAAAGUUGUUUGAGCUCUUGAAUAAAAACUGAAUCAGACACAAGUCGCCAAGUAACUUGUAGAGCUUCAUUUUUAACGUGCUCUGUUAAUUUAUUUUGACAGUUUAUUAACGUUAGUUUGUCUUUAAUAUUAAAGUUUAUUAACAUACACUUGCCUAUUGUUUUUUUCUUAUUCAAUUAAUUUCAUAUGUUGAUGCACAUUUGGGUCUGUUUUUCUAUUCUAUAAAAAAAUGCACAAAUGACAAUAUGGAGCGAUGAGCUUUGAGAAUCUAGUUUUAUAAAAGAAAAACACAUCCAAUAAAGUUACCAAACCAUAAAUAAACUAAUAUAUUUAAUAUAUAGAAGGCUUAAGUACUGUCAUUUAUUUGUUUUAGAAUUAUUUCUUUUUUUGUUACUUUCCGGUAAAAAAAAAAAAAAAAAGUACUUUUAGCGAUUUGGAGGAAAAAGCUUUGAAAAAUUCCCCAUUGAAAAUCGUAAAUGAUCGCAUCAGCAUUUUCAGCUAGCUGGCUAUGAAAGCAGUGUUAUGAUGAUGAUUUUAAUAGGGGCUGACAUUUGGUAUUAUGUAGAUUUUUUUUUUUAAUCCACAAUAGCUGGGAUGAUUCUGAAAGUUAUGGUGUAGGAAAGAGCAAUUUACACUAAUGAUUGAUUUAGAAAACAAAACCAAAAUGGAAUAAUUUCACUUUGGCCUUCUCGCUUCAGCACUCUCUGUGAUGUUACAUGACCCUGUAGUGACAUUGUUUUUCCUUUGUAUUUCAAGGUGUUAAUUCACCUCAUUACCACACUGACCAAGGCAGUGUUUUCACGUAUUUCUUUGCUAGGACUUUUAACCCUAGCAGGCAAUUGUAGAGUUCAUUUUCGGGAACAGGUAACCACUGUGGCUAAUGGUGAGCUGGGGAACUCCACCCAUUUUAACCAAGGUUUUUAAUAUACUGUCCAGUAACUUUUGUACAGAAUAAUUACAUAGGUUAACCCCAUGUAGUUUUAAAAUAUGAAAUAUAAUUUGUUUUCAGUCUCUUCCACCCUCAAUCAGUUUCUUGGCUGUCACUGUUUCUUUCUUUUUUAACCACUGUUCUAUUGACCUGAAAACAUGUAGCAUUCAGAGUGGGGUUUAAUUUUGCAUCCUUUCUUGAACCGUAAUUUCAGAGAAAAGACGGCCACAGUGACGUCAUGACGCUAUCAGCAGAUCUGGGACAUGCGCUUGAGAAUAUAAAUACUGUAAGCUCCCAAUUAGCAAUCAUCAUAAGGGAAAUCAAAAGCUGAGAGGUUAUUUCUCAUCGUGUCGUAGCUUCACAAUUUGAAGAUGAAGUGGAUCGCACUCUUUGCAUUGGUGGUUUGCUGCUAUCUGUUGCCCUGUGGACAGGCAAGAAAUCUACCCCACAAAUCCAAGGAGUCUUCUAAUAGUCCGGGUUUGAAUAGUCCACUCUUAAGACAACAAAUCAAUGCACUGGCUAGAGCUGCACAGCAAUUUGAUAAUGGCGCUGACACAACAAGUCUGAUAGAAAUUCUGCUAAAUAAACAAAUAAAUAAACAAAUUCCAGAAAACUACAACAACCAGAUGGCGGCCCAGCACGUUUGCUGCCUAUACGUUAACAUUCUGAAUUUCUACAUCACUCAUGUGUUAAACACAUCAGAAGAACAAUACCCACACAAGGAAUCUGUGACCCAGGACCUUCACAGGAUCAGUGAAGACCAUAAGAGCUGUGCUAAUACUCUCAACAUUGACAAAUUCAAAGAGGAUUUCCAAAAGCUUGGGAAAAGAGGGAACAACAAGGCCAUCGGAGAGCUGGAUGUAUUGUGGGAACACCUCACAAGGUUCUGCAGAAAAAAUUAAUCAACAAAUACAACUUAAUUUAUUACAAAUAUUUAUUUUUAAAAUUAUAUCAGAAACUAUAAUAUGUACUUUGCAAUGACCUAAAUAUUGAUAUUGGGUUAUACAAUUUGAUAAGUAACUACUUGCAUUUGUGCAAUGUAAUAUUAUUAUUAUUAUUAUUAUUAUUAUUAUUAUUAUUAUUAUUAUUAUUAUUAUCCAAGGCGACUUACAGGUGUUACAGGGCAGUACAGGGUUACAAUGCAAGAUUAAUAUUUAAAUACAGUGCAGUUUACAGUAAGUGCAAUAAUACUAAUAGAAUACAAUAUGAACUAGGAUGCAACAAGUUAUGAUUACAACAAGUUAUAUCUACAGUGACAUAGUGGUGCAAUAAUACAUUAGCUGAGGAUCCAGUAACGUGGUGCUGAGGUCAGGGAAGUCCAAUCCAGAUACACUGCAAAAUACAGGUCCAGUGUUAUUGAGCUGUAGAUCUAUGGAGUUCCAGACUCACAGUCAUGGACAUGUGUGCGAAGUACAUGGAACAAAUAUAAGCAAAUGGUAACGGCAGUGUAACUGUCUGCAGUGAAUGCACCUGUAUUUUAAAAUGUAUCCGACUGUUCCUUAUAGAACCUAAACAAAACCAGAGUUCCACGUCUGUAACCCUAAUGCUUCCAUUGUAACUGUGUAUUUAAUCUUUUUUUAAUGUAUUUAUUAUGUACUCGAUUUGUAAUUGCUUUUGUACAAGUAUGUUUUGUAAUACAUAUUUUAAGUAUAAGUCUUUGGUCUGCUAGAAUUUGAGAUUUUCUUCUACAGAAUUUAAUGGCACUGUACAGAGAUAACCAGAUCACAUUUUCAGCAUUCUAAAGCUUCAAAUUUAUUGUUUGUAAGCAUUUCUUAAUAAAUACAGUAUGUUUACACCACUAAAAUAUU